AUGUACGAAUUCGGAAUUCCAAGUAAGCUUAUUUCCCUGACAAAAGUGUGCAUGAAUGGUACAAAAUAUCAAGUAAGAGUUGACAACGUACUAUCCGAAGAAUUCCAAGUGGUAACAGGCUUGAAACAGGGUGACGCUCUUUCACCACUACUAUUCAAUAUUGCACUGGAGAAAUUCGUACGGAGUAUACAAAGGGAUAACUAUGGUAUCGACAUCGGCACAAACAAGAUUGGUAUUUUAGGUUUCGCUGAUGAUUUGAAUAUAGUUGGUGAUGAUGGAGAGAGUGUGGCGNGAGCUAUUACCAGAAAACAACCAUGUCGACAAUGUAGUGAUUCAAGGACAUACAUUUGA